UUCACCAUGGCUGCUGUGACCUUCAAUUCAAUCUCGCUGCUACAAGAGUUUUACUCAUGGUUAUUUCCCCCUCCAAACAUCCCAAAGUAUGGAGUGCCCUUGCCUCCAGAGCCACAUCGGGUCAUCGAUGCACAGGAAGUUGGGGACCGACCUUUUCUCAUUGUCGGAGAUAUUCAUGCAUGUUGUGACGAAUUUAAGGACUUGGUAACGGAGGCAAAGCGAAGAGCUGGGUUUGAGGACAUUUUUAUUGUUUGUGUUGGUGACAUGUUGAAUAAGGGACCCAAAAACCAAGAAACUAUACAAUUUUUACGAGACCUUUCCGCUAAAGGACAAUUGGCUGCAGUCAGAGGUAAUCAUGAAGAAAGUAUCCUUAGGGAAUAUAUGUCGAAGACGAGAGAUAAAGAAUAUUCUUUACCAGAAAGGUAUCAAUAUUUGAAUGAUUUCUCUGAGGAAGAUUUUGACUUCUUGCUGAAGUUGCCGUACACACUAAGGAUUCCAAAGAUAAAUGCUCUGGUUGUCCAUGCGGGGGUUGUCCCGAACGUUGAUCUGGCUAGGCAGAAGUACAUAGAUCUCAGUCACAUGAGGAACCUCAUCUACUCUUACCACGUCUGGGGCUCCAGUGUGCGUGGUAACAGCAAAUGUGACAUCGGCGUUGGCUGGGCUACCAUGUGGUCAGGGCCGCAACACGUGUACUUCGGCCAUGAUGCGCGUCGCAGUGUGCAGGAUCUUCCUCACGCCACAGGUUUGGACUCUGGUUGUCUGUACGGUAAACAACUGACGGGAGUGAUCAUCGACGCUUCUCUCAGACGACAGUUUGUGAGCGUAGAUGCUAAACAAGUAUACAGUCCACCAUAAGGACAAAAUUUAAGUGUAUCUCUUGUGUAGUGCUUUGUUAACUCUUUAACCAUGCAAUUCAAAAUCAUGUUUCCGUGUAAUUUUUUCGUGUUUGUGGAAAUGCAACCCAACAUCUGGUUUUAAAAAAAGCUUGUUUGGAGUCAAACCGAUCAACAAAGUAUCACCUAUACGUAGAAUUUAUUUAUCUUUGACUUCGAAAAUCAAACUAAAGGCUUGUUAUAGCUCGUACAUUUUCUUAUAUAUUUGGUCCAUAAUAAAUAACUUUUUAUUGGAUGGUGGUACCAUUCUGUCAUGGUUACGGACUUCAACUACCGGACGCUGCCACCGUCCAGACAUGGUUAAAAAGUUAAAUGUCAUUUGGUGAAGGCUACUGUAGUUCCAGCCUCAGUAAACUUGUUUUACUGUCUUGUUAUAAUAUGUAUGAAAUGAAACACAACUGUGAUAAUAAUCAGAACUGUAUUUCUUUUACCUUGCUUACUCUUGUUGAAUUGAGCAACGAAAAUGAACAAUCAUUUAAGAAAUUAAGAAAGAUGGACGUUUACUUGCAAUAAUACCUCUAUCAUUCCAUGUGAAUAAUUUUGAAGACAAGGACCAAAAGUUUUAUUCUGUGUGGAUUAUAAUAUUUUGCAAACUAAGAUACUAUCAUUUUCCACGCUCAUUAGAUUGAUUAAUUAAUUUUUUUUCAAUGUCAAACAAUAGAACUUUACA